AAAAGGAGGAGCGUGGCAAUGGAGAGUGAGCUCCCCCAUGAUUUGAUUCAAGAAAUUCUGUUGAGGUUACCUGUGAAGUCUCUUGUUCGAUUCAAGUGCGUGCGCAGAUCAUGGCAUUCUCACAUCUCUGAUCCUCAUUUUGCAAAAUCCCAUUACGAGCUCUCUGCCGCACCCUCUCACAGGCUUCUCCAUAUAACACUUUCUGGUACUAAAGCUCGAUCCAUCGAUUUUGAUUCAUCGUUUCAUGAUGCCAAGGUAAGCUUCAUCCCCCCACUUCUAAAGGGUCGUAAAGGUAAACUUGUGCCUACUCUUCGGAUUUGGGGUUCGUGCCGAGGGUUUGUCCUUAUAGAAAGAUAUCCAAAUCUUUAUAUUUGGAACCCAUUAACAGGUUUCCGCAGACACCUGUCGCACUGUGACAUAGGGAAACAACAUCACUAUCCGGCGAUAGUGCUCUUAAUUGGUUUUGGGUAUGAUCCAUCCACCGAUGAUUAUUUGAUAGUUGUGUUGUGGGGUAAGUUCCACACCAUCUAUGAUCAUGAUGAUAUGCAAACCAGUUUGAUGCUUUUCUCCUUCAGAACCAAUUCAUGGAAAGAAAUUCAGGGCUUACAUGUUCCCUCUUAUUAUGUUAAAAAGCAACCAUUCGUCUUUAAUGAUGCUAUUCAUUGGUUGGCUUUAUCUGAAAAUAAAUCAGAUGCAGUAAUUCUUGCCUUUGAUUUUGUAAAAAAGAAUUUCUACGAGAUAUCUCUACCAGAUGGUGAUUUCACCGAUAGCUUGUAUUUUUAUAAUUUGGUAAAGAUGGGAGAAUGUCUCGGUUUAUGUAAUCUCAGCGAUAGUAAAACUGUGUGGGUGAUGAAAGAAUAUAAAGUGAAAUCAUCUUGGACUAUGUUCGAGAUUCCUGAUUACCUUUCCGAUGUAAGAAUCGCCAUAGCUGGUGAACUUGUUGUACUAUACCAUGCUAGUGUUGCUGAAUUGAUGAAAUUUAAUGACAAAGGAGAACUGCUAGAACAAUGCAAAUAUUAUUGUAAUGACAUGUGUGGAUACAGAAUAGCAACGUAUACGGAGAGUCUACUUUCACUCCCUAGGAACUCUGAUGGAAGCACGGAAACACCUCAACGGAAGCCGUUCAAAAGAAAUAGGAAUAUGCAUAAAUGGCUGUAAUUUCAUCCAUUUCUUUACGGUUAUUUACCUACUUCGUAGCUUAAUUAUGGAAACAUGGUUUGUUUUACUUGUUCUUAUUAUUGAUUUUAUUUUCACGGGCUUGCUGGUCAAGUUAUUGUA